AAUGAAGGAAAUCGGCGUUGGACACCUCGGGAGGUUCCCUCGUGAGUUGUUGUUGCUGAUAUGUGGUUUGCCGUUGUUGUUUCUGAAGAAACGGUUGUUCCAGUAGCCAACUUUUCGACUCGGUCCUGGUUCCACGACAGAGGACGCGGACCUUGUUCACCCGGGCGACGUCCGAGCCGGUAUGAUUUCCGAAAUUGAUCGUUCAUGGUUGGUUUCUUUCGUCUUUUCAUUUUUUUACAAACGGCGGUAUCUGCACCCCUUCCGUUUAACGCUCCUCUUUUUUUCGGACUUUCGACCGGCAUAGAAAUCAUUGGAUUAUGAUUCCAGUGGUGGAGUUUCAUUUUUUAAUUUAAAUAAAAAGACAACAACUUAUUCCAUAGGAAUUUUUUUUCAGUAUAUAUAUUUAUUUAUUUUAAUUAACAUUUUAAAUAAUCAAUUUAUAUAAUAAGAUAUUUCUCUUGUUUUUUUGUUAUUAUAAGUGCAAUUCUAUUGAAUAUGAUUAUAUUAUAAUAUUAAUAGAUUUAUUUAUAUUAGAGAUUCAAAAAUAAAAUAAUAUAUAGAAUUGAUAUAUUCUAUUUAAAAAUAAAUCCCAUUUAUUAUCUUUAUUUAUGUUUGGUUUAUUUCGAUUUAAUAAAAUAGUUUUUUAAUAUUGAUAUGAGGGAAAAAAAACUGAUCAAUUAUAUUCGAAAGAUAUAAUAUAUUCAAAGAAUUAUUUUCAAUAGAAAUCGAAAUAGCUCGAUCAAUUUAACAUAUAUUAUACGAACGGAAGAUAUUUAUUGAAAUAAAUCAAACUCUUAAAUAAAUAAAUGAAAUCUUAUAUUAAUAUAAUAAAUCAUUUCAAUGGUUAGACUAAUAUUGAUAGAAAUAAGAUUUUUUUCAAUUUAUUUAUUUUAAUUUAUUUGAGUUAAACCUUUGCUGAUGUUUUUUUUUGUUAAAAAUUUUUCUAUAGUUUUAUAAUGAAAUUAUUUUAUGUUAUUAUUGUCGAGUUAAGAUAACAAUUAUAUAUUAUUGUUUUUUCAUAAAAAAAAAUCUUUAUUUAGAAAUAAAAUAUCAUUUGUUUUGAAGAGUAUUCAAAUUGUUAAAAAGAAUUUUUCAAAUUUAACCAAACAUUUUAUAUUAUUUAAAUAGAUUUAAAGAAUAGUUUUCAUAUUCGUAGAAUUAAAAAAACCAAACUUUCAUAUUAAAUCUUUAUUGUUACUUUUUCAAAGCUAAUUUAAAUAGUUAACUAUCUCCUUGCAUUUAGCCAAAAAUUCAUUAUUUAUUAUAUAAAUCAAUUUCUAGAUGAAUCUAUAUUGAUUAUCUUAUUAUAUAUAAAGAUUAGCAACGAAGAUUAUCUAUUAUUUUAAUAAUCUAUCCUAGAAACAUUAUAUUGACCUGAACAAUUUUGACACAAUUUAUUUCUCUCUACUGAACGAUCGCUAACAAAUGAUUAAUAUUUCAUCCGAUUUGAACUUGUUUUGUUGAAAACCUGUUUUUAACUGCUAGAUAGAAACGUUCUAUAAGAUGAAAUAAUGAUAAAAUAGUUCGAAUUAUCGAUAAAAAAUUUCUAAGGAAAUAAAUUUAAUCGAUCCUUAUAAAAAUAUUUUGAAAAUAAAUUUAUUUGAAUAGAAUAUUUAUCGAUAUGGUUAAACAGAAAUUCGAAAAUAAAAAAUGAAAAUAUUUUGUUUCUUUAUAUUUAUUAAUAUAGAAGUGAUGAUUUACCUGAUUGUUACAAUUGAGUUCGUUAUAUUCCAGAUUCUUGUAAAGUAUUGUCUGAUCUUUGGAAAACAGAUAAAGAUUUUGUAAGUUAAAUAAAAGUAUUGAUAAUGAUGUAUCAAAAUCAUUGAAAGAAUUUCGUUUGAGUGAUGUUGCACGUUGUUAUCGUUCUCCAUACAGAACAAAUGGUGCUUCAUCGAUUCAAAAAGAAAAGAAUGGCUUGAACAAUUUUAAAAAAUUAUUGAACAAGCUACAGAUAAACAAGUAUUUAUUAAUUUUAUUUCUAUUUAUUUAUUUAUUGAUUUAUUUCUAAUAUAAGUCAACUAUUCGUCAAACAAUGACUGAACUAAGAGAUAACUAUGAAAAAGCUCAACGAAAAUUAGAAAGAGCUGAUGCCAGUUUAAAAAAAGUUUCUGUUUUUAUUAUUUAAAAUAAAAAAUGUUUUAAUGAUUCUUUGAUUUGUUCUACUUCUUAUUUCAAAAUAUAACGUGUCCCAUUGUUUUUUUUUGAAUAACUUUCGAUAGAAACAUCAUAGAGAUCUUCGGCUUUCACCAUUCAAGAGAGAAGAUUCGGAACCUUCCAAAAUUCUCGCCAAGAACUUAUCCAAUUAGCCAAUGAAAUUUUGAUAUAUUUCGAUUGCUUUGGAUAUUCUCUUUUAAAUGAUGAAAACUGCAGGUCUCUGUAAUAUUCCUAUCAAAAGUUAUUCAAAAAACAAUAGAGCACACCUUAUUUUGAAACGAAUAGUAGUUAUUAUCGUUAAGAAAAGAAGUUAAAAACACUGCGUUUCUAAAUGUUUUGCUUUCACUUUACUUAUUACAAAUAAUAAGAUCAUUUUUCUUAUCGUUCAAUAUGGGUAAGGUAAAUAGAUAUAGUAAAAAAUAAUUUGUGUUGCUUUAUUAUUUUUUUUUUACGAAUUUUCUUAUAUUUUCUGUUCCUAAUACAAACAAAUGAUUGUCAAGUAUUAUUAGUAUAAAAUGAGUUUUACUUAGAACUCGGCAACAAGAUUUCUAUGAUCAAUAUUCAUCAUCAUACAAUGAUUCACAUUAUUGGCAUGGAAAUAAUUCAAAUUCAUAUGAUUUUUAUGGUUCAACACCGGUGGAAAUUCCUCAAUUUCAACAUCCAUCUCAUACACUUUUAUAA